AUGUCAACAGCGUUAAAAUAUUGGUUUCAUAUCGGAAGUUUCUUCGAAACAAUCCAACCGAACAUACGCGCACUGAAGCUGUUCGGUUCGUUCCCGUUCACCAUUGUUCGAACCGCCGAAGUUACGGGUCGUACCGGUUCAAACACCAACACCACCACCACCACCACCACCACCACCACCGGUGACUGUGCACCCUUGAAGACGCUCAAAUCGGAAGUUAAAUUUAUGGAUGUAGUCAUUUUUGUACUGUGGCAAACGUUUUUCCUUCAAAUGCUGUACGCGUCCUGGCCGAAGGCAUUCUUCGAGUUGCCCGUUUCACACAUCAUGGCCAUCGUUACCCUGCUGCUGUAUCUGCUCGGUGGUAUUAAUUGUUCCAUUUCGGCCGUGAUGGUGCUAGUGUUUCGUAAAAGGUUCAUCCGUAUGAUGCAGCUGGUCGAGGAUGCGGAUCACUUAUUAAUGAGCAAUGCUACAUCCGUUCCGGAUAAUUCACCCUGGCUGCAUGCAUUCGUGUACUACUACACCAUAAGAACCGCACACGUAACCUGCGUGACGUCGUUCAUUUGUGGUCUGUAUGGGUUUCGCGAGCGACUUCUUACCCUCAACAAACAGCUGCGGUUCUAUUUCCUGGAGAUACCUUCCACAGACCGAGUGACUCGGUUCGAUGAAAUAAUGAAUCGAAUGCAAGGAUUUAUCGAAAUCUACAGCAAUUUGUGUGAUGCCAUACGAUUGUACUGCACGAUUUUCGUGUGGCAGCCCCUCAUCUUUUGUGCCUCGUUAAUAAUAGCAGCAAUUUUUGCCACCCUAUCCAUCUGGCACAUAUUUACCAACACAGCACCACUGAUAGUGGGCAUGGUUAUGAUUUACUCGAUAGUCACCCUGCUGUACGGUACGCUCUUCCUGCUGCUCGUCAAACUGGGCCACGAUCUGAAGCGGGAGGGCAAGCAAACGGCCGUUCUCGUCCAUAAGGCAAUAAAUCAAUCAUCUAAGACACCGGCCCUGGUGGAACGGCUCCUACUAUUUUCGCAUCAUCUUCAACAUCAGCGUCCGGUUGUGUCGUGUGGUUUGUUUAACUUCGACUGGACAUUAGCACUUUCGAUUAUUUCCGCCAUUGCGACGUACAGUGUCAUAUUGAUUCAGUUUGAACUGGGAGUGCCAAGAUUCUUCAUCAAUGGAAUAUUGCAGCAUAGUACGGAAAAUAUUGCAAAUAACACUUAAGACUUGUGUUCGGAAUCAGGAUCGAAGCGAAAGAGUUACCUGAAUCACUCCGUUAACCUAACUGAGCGCAC